AUGAGCUCUAACACCCCAUUAUUCGACACCAUCGAGCCGGACGAGCCGGAGUACGAGCGGAGGACGUCCGCGACCGGCAACAUUGCGUCCGGCCCAGCACCCGCAGCGACCAACACUCGUACUGCACCGACACAAUUGGCGUCCACUCCGGGGGACGCAGAGUCAGGUGCACAGGCACGUACAUGUCGUCCUGCCUCAGUCUCGCGAUCGGCCCACCCAACUGUUCUAUUCUUUCUCUACGCAUUCCGCUCCGCAGCAUUGGCUGUGUACAUCCUGUGCGGCUUCUUCAUUUCCAGCUAUGUUCUUUCUUCCGUAAUCGUCGUGGUGUUGCUCGCGAUGGACUUCUGGAACUGUAAAAACGUCGCGGGUCGACGACUCGUGGGCCUGCGCUAUUGGAACCAGGUGGACGAUGAUGGUGAAAGCUACUGGGUGUUUGAAAGCCGUGAUGUCGCGGUGUACACCUUCCCAGUCGCGUGGGUCGCGCUCCUCAUCGUCGCGCUCAUAUCCAACCUCUCAUUCGUGCCGCUCGUCAUCCUCGCGCUCGUCUUCAAUGUCACGAACGCCAUCGGGUUCACAUACGCCGACCGCGACGCGAAGCAGAAGUGGGCGAACAACCUCGCCGCCUCGAGCUGGGGCGUGCCCGGUCUGGGCGGCCUGGGCGGCCAGCUCCUCACCGGCGUCGUCAAAACCAGCGUCGGCCGCGUCUUCAGUGGCGGUCGCUGA